AUGAAAUCCUAUAAUAUAUCACCUAAAAUUGAUGUUAAGAAAAAAAAUGAUUUAAGAAAUAAGAAACUUUUAAAAUCUACUACAAAAAAGAGGAAUCCUGAUUAAUCACCUUUAAUAAUAGAAUAAACAACUACAAGCUUUAUAAACUAAGCAUAGGACAGCAUAACUCCUUCUCUUUAGCAAAAAGAAAAAAGUAGCUUCAGAUAAAGAAACCAAAAUCAAAAGGUUAAUUAUCUUUAAAUACUACAAGCUAACAUAUCAUCUAGCAGAUAGAUAGAAAAGGAUUCUAAAAGGUAAACGAUAGCAUAGAAGCAAAGAGAAGCUAUUAAAGAUCUUUUAGACAUUAAAAGCUAUUAGAACUAUCAAAUUAGUUCUGCAAUAGGAAUCAUUGAUAAUGGAGUAGAGAGUAGAAAUAUAGUGAAUUAAUCGAAUUACUUGCCAUCUGAGAAAAUCAAUCAUAAUCUGUCAAAUAAUGGGUCUUUUUUCCUUUAAAUCAAUCUGAAUAGUAUUAGAGUUAAGUAUAAAUAUUGA